UAUAUUUUUGCAUAAUAUUAAACAAGAAAAAUAAGAAGAAAAAGACAAUGUCAUUCACAGGAACUUUGGAUAAAUGCAAAGCUUGCGAUAAGACUGUUUAUUUCGUCGAUUUAUUGUCUGUUGAUGGGAUUACUUAUCAUAAAUCUUGCUUUAGAUGCAGCCAUUGUAAAGGCACUCUUUCGAUGAAUAGCUACUCAUCUAUGGAUGGAGUACUUUACUGCAAGCCUCACUUUGAACAACUUUUCAAAGAAUCUGGAAACUUUAGCAAGAACUUUCAAACAUCGAAACCAGAUAGAGAAAACACGUCAAGGACUCAAAGCAAAUUCUCAUCUAUGUUCUCUGGUACCCAAGACAAAUGUAGACAAUGUAACAAAACUGUCUACCCACUCGAAAAGGUGACGAUGGAAGGUGAACCGUAUCAUAAAUCGUGCUUUAAAUGUGCUCAUGGAGGCUGCCCUCUUACACACUCAUCAUAUGCUGCCCUUGAUGGUGUUCUGUACUGCAAACAUCAUUUUGCUCAACUCUUUAUGGAGAAAGGAAAUUACACUCAUGUCCUUGAGGCCGCAAAUAGAAAGAGUAACGUAAAGCCUGAGGAUGUCGCACCCGAGCCACCACCACCAGAGGAGGAAGGUGGCGGAGAUGGAGGAGGAGAACCAGCAGCAACGGAUGAGGAUGAUAGCCAACCAGAGCCACCGCCCGAGGAAGAGCAACCACAGGAAGAGGAGCAGUCCUAAAUAUACGCGUAUACUUUAUAUAUACACACACAUAUAUCUUGGUUUCUUUGUCAAUGUAACUUUAUCA